CCUCAGUACCAGAAAUUAUGUCAAAAUUAGUAUCUAGAUGGGCCGAUGAUGACUCAUUGGUAGAAGAAGCAAUCAAGCAAGAUUCAAAAGUAAACACUAAACACACUCGGGAGUCUGAUUGGCACAAACCAAUAACAGUCAAAGCUAACGAAGCACUUCCUAGUCGAUGGGCAGAUGCUGAUGAUGAACCAGCACCAGUACCAGAACCUAUUGAGAAGUCGCCUAAGAAAUAUAAUCGAUAUGAGCAACACAAACAAAGAGGAGACUUUGAACACAGAGGUGGAAGGCAGGGAGGACGCGGGGAUUACCCUACGCCCCCUCAUUCUAGACAUUCUGAUGAGAUGAAACAAGGUUCAUAUCCUUCAAAAGCAGACAGGUAUAGUAAUAGACGUCCAGUAAAACGUGAACCAGAACCUGAACAAGAUGAUGAACAGCCAGAAGAGGAUUUGGAUGAUGUUGAAUUAGAGAAGGGGCCAAUGACAGAUGCUGCGAAAGCUUUUGCUGCUCGUUUAGGAAUUUCUGCAGGAGGGUUUGAUAAAGGAUCCACGAAGAAGAAUUCAAAAGAACAAGAGUCUGAUGAAUGGGAAGAUGCAGAUGAGGAAGAGAAGGAGGAGGAUGAGAAGAAGAAAAAACUGCAAGUUAAAGAAAGACAGUCAGCUAAUCCAUUAGCUUCACGUUUGGGCAAGUUAUCGAUAAACGAAAACAAAAAGAAGCCCAAUCAAAGAAAGGAUAUUAAGAAAACACCAUUUAGAACCAAGCAUGACCUUGAAAUAGAAAGAAAGAAAGCCGAAGAAGAAAAAAUGAUUGAACAAGGUAAAGCAGAAUUACUUAAGAUGAUGGAAGAAUUUAAAUCAGGGGAAAUUAAUUGGGCUGAUGAGGAAUAGACAUGGAAUUUAGUUAAUAUGUUGUAUUGUUAUAGUGUAAUUGUAGUUGUAAUAUUAAUCAGCAGCCU